AUGGCCUGUCAAGCGUGUCAGGUAGCUCUCAACAAUGGCUUCUCGACACUCAACCUUACUGCUCACACCCAUGAUGUAUCCCAAGUCAAUGCUCAUGUAACAACAACACAGUGGUUGAAAGAUCUGACCAAUGCCAUGAACGUGGCCUGGCCCAAGCGGUUCAGGCGAUACUUGCAAGCUGCCGUUUUGAUGCUGAGCUGGGAGAAUGGUGAUAUCACCAACGAAUCGCUAGAAUUCAAAAGACUCAAAAGUGUCUUCGAAAACGAGUUCGGCUACGAAGUUCAUGAAAGGCAAAUUCCAUGGACACGAUCCGGAUUUGAAUUGAAUGGACGGGUUCGGGAGUUUGUUGGUCAAUAUUACGGACCAAACAAUCUGCUGAUCGUUUACUAUGCUGGUCACGCUCGUCGAGGAGAUUCACCCGGAUCUUAUCCUAUAUGGUUUCCUAGCCAACGUGAAGGCGUAGUGCCAGAAGCCAGUACAAUACCGGAAGCCAAUACAGCCUCCAUCAGUUCCCUUCUAGCUGAAGGAGAUGCCGACGCUCCAGAUGUCUUAACACUCUAUGAUUGUUGCCAUCCUCUUUGUACCCAACAUGGGACCUCGCGACCUUCGAAUGCUGUGAUAGAAUCGUUAUGCGCAGGCGGUUUCGAGUCCGAAGUUCCAAUGCCUGGCCCCGACUCCUUCACAUUUGCCUUGGUAGAUGAAUUAUCACUGGCUGCUCACUCAAACCAACCCAUCUCCGUUCCAGAAUUGCACAAAAGGCUCAUUGGCAGAUUAGAGCUAUUUCAGCAAAGAGCGCGAUGGAACCGGGACGAGUCACGACGGCGAUCCCCAAAUGGACAACUCGCCUUUACAGUGAAUGAAAGGCGGACACCAGUAUAUGUGUCAUUGUCGGUGCACAGACCCGUUCGAACAAUCAUGCUGACACCGAUACGGCGGGAAUCAAUUGUCCAAAUGGAAGUGACGAAUCCUAAUGCUCAGUCAAAGCUUGCAUCUCAGGAUCCGCCCACUGUUCUUCUCGUGGUAAGAGUCAGCGAGGAUGAAAUUUCUGCCCGCGAAGAAGUCAAAACUUGGCUCUUGAAUUCACCUCCUGGAGUGCUUGAGUUCAAGGGCUUCUAUCAAAGCUACUCUACACUGAUAUUGGUGGAAAUAGCUCUGGAGGUCUGGGACUUGCUGCCAUCUUGCCCAGCGACUACAUUUGCUGGUUUUACCAAAAAAUUGUUUGCCAACAUGUCCUCCAAUGCCGGGCCAUCAUUGACACAGGGAUCUCAGACGCUGGAAUCGAAGCCGGAGUUGAUUUCAGCUACCAAGCUGCGACACCAACUGCGACUGGAUACCCAUCCAGAAUUGCCAAUAGAUGCGCAGUCAGAACAAGAAGGCUUUUUCACGUUGUUGGAAUAUCUGAAUCAAAUAAGGCCCAAAGAAAUAAUGGGGUGGAAAAGCCUCCAUAUCAAGCACCCAAUUGAGACCAACCUGCCCACGGCAUUGUUCGUCCAAUUCUGCAAGCGGCUGAUAAAUGAUAAGUCUGUCGACCGUCACGUCAAAUGGUGCCUUCUCAAACACGAGCUUAUUUUCCGGGCCAUUCCCUACAAUGUAAAUGGCUGCCAGUGCCGAAAGGUGAAGCCGGUAUUACAGAUCUUCACAGGGCGAUUCACCAUGAUAGUGACGAACGACCCGCGCGUAGCACAUCUGCGGUUGGGCUUGGUUUAG